CGACAGGUCUCAAUUCGUGGUGUAUUAGUGAGGAAGACUAUAAAUGACGAUGCAUAUGUUGGGAAUCAUCUAUUCUUGGAAUGUACUUCUAGUUGCAAGUUAGUCGCUACGAGAUCCAUCUACAUCCUCUACUUUUGUCAACACAUGGAUGGUCAGGCAAACUUGGGGUUCCACCCAAGAGAUACGGGCGGAAGCAUAUUUUUUGCGACCCUUGACGUACCUAUCGACAUAAAAAUGGGCUCCCUCCUAGAAAGCUGUGAAUACGGUUUUUGCCAGAGAUUCGUUGCUAUCGUUUUGGAUUUGAGUGCGGACUGUGAGGCUACAAGUCAUUUUAAAACUGAAGUAGUGGCUAAAUGUAUAUACCCCGCAUAAAUCAUUUAUCAUAAUCAUUUACUAC